AUGCAACAAUUGCGCAGCUUCAAACCGCAGUCGCUGGGCUGCGCCGUCGCGAGGCGCAAAUCCUCAACCACGCUGAUAUUUCCACUGCCACCACAAGCUUGUUCAGAUGAAUUCUGCGAGGACUACCCGCAUAGCCUGAUUCCAACUCCUGGAUACUGGAUCGAGUGUUCACGCCAAAAGAUUGCUACUGACACCAUAUGGGAUGAAUCCGAAUCGGAACAUGACAGCGGACCCGAUCAAAACAAUGAAUCAGAUCGUCGAAGAAGAUCUGGAUCAUUUGACGAAGCAGCCGAAGACAGCAGCGAUAACGGAGGGAGCACGCCAAAGAAAAAGACUGCUAUUGAAGAACAGUGGGAGAGAUCAGGUGGAUUCGAAUUGACCUCAGUAGAACAGGAAACCUACGAAAAGUACUUCUAUGGCACAGAGCAUUGGAAUUAUUUUACCAAUGAUGAAGAUCUUGGUCCUGUAAUAUUAUCUAUAAAACAAGAAACUUUGAACUCUCGCGAUCAGUUCAGGAAACAGUACAAUCCUCCAGGUACCAUUGAUCCAUACAUGAAUGGUCAACUCGUCUCUCCAGGUUCUUGGAGACAGAAUAAUGGUAGCGUAUUCACAUCGCUACAAUCAACACCUCGAAGAGCUACAAAUAACGCUACCCAAAUAAGAGAAUGCUUCAGAAUCCUUGUUCGAGCUAUUAGCUACACCGUUCAUGGCUUGAUCCCUGCAUCGUGUGUAUUUGCUGAUCGUUACAACCGUGAGGAAGUUGUCCGUUCAUUGGGGAAAGAAGUCAAUAUCAACCCGCCACUUAUGCUGGGGCAGCUGCCAGAUACACCUGAAGAACUUCUUAAACUUGAUCAGGUGUUCAUCAAGUCAGAGCUCAAAGUGGGAAUUAUUUACGUCAAAGAAAACCAAUACACAGAGGAAGAGAUUCUCGACAACAACGAAAACUCCCUAAUGUUUGAUGAGUUCUUGCAGGUUUUGGGAGAAAAAGUCCGGUUAAAAGGUUUCGACAAAUACAAAGGCGGUCUAGACACAGUACACGAUCUCACAGGCUUAUACUCGGUGUACACCAACUGGAGGGGCAUCGAAAUUAUGUUUCACGUUUCUACACUAUUACCUUAUGAGCGUCAUGACCCCCAGAAGUUGCAGAGGAAACGCCAUAUUGGAAAUGAUAUCGUUUGCGUCGUGUUCCUUGAAGCUGACAACACUGCAUUCUCACCAGCUUGUAUCAAAAGCCAUUUCUUACAUACCUUUAUAUUAGUAAGAGUAUCUGCUAAAAUCAAGAGGCGCCCUACGAGAUAUGAAGUAUCUGUUGUAACUCGAGAUGAGGUCGGCGCCUACAAGCCCUAUUUGUGGGAGCAGAGUGUGUUUGACAAGGGCCCUAUGUUCAGGGAAUGGUUGCUAACGAAAAUUGUGAACGGCGAGCGGGCAUCCUACUCCGCGCCUAAAUUUGCGAGAAUGCAAGAGAGGACGCGCAGUCAGAUGCUGGAAGAUAUCGUUGCUAAUUUGCAGAAUCAUGCAGAAACCGGACAAAUACCUAAACCGUAUAGAAGAGGAUCUUGGCGUCCAAUAGGCCACAUGCGGCCAUCGUCGCCCCUCCUCGAUUCAGUCCGAGACCAGUUUGAAGACUACGACCAACUGGCAAAAGAUUUUACCCGCGUGUUCUUGAAUAAUGAAUUAAACAUAGCACAGAAUGCCCAGCUUUUCGACGUCGUUUUCCUCGUUGGACAAUCAAAACAAAAAACUAAGUUCAUUGGAGUCCGUGCUAUACUAGGUGUUAGAAGCCGCGUGUUCCAAGAAAUGCUGUACGGUAUCCAAACAGGCUUCGGUUCUCCCCAAGUGCCGGUGGCCGAGCUGCUGGCACGGCCGGCUCCCACCCUGCUGUCGCCGACGCCCUCGCGACAGAAGAGCAGCAAUUUCCUACAAGUGCCAGACAUUGAAUCGCCCAGACCCAAAAGCGUGCCAAGUUCACCGAUGGUGAAACGAGCGUUCUCCCGCCUUGGAACGAUCACCGCCGGAUGGGGACGAUCCAUUCGAAAACAACAUUCUCAGCUUAACGCCGAUGAUAAAAAGAAGUGGUCCAGUUCUCAAGAUUGCUCUAAUAAAGAUAGUAAAGACAAAGAAAAAGAAAAGAACGCAGCGUUAGCUGUACCAAGACUAUCAGUAUGCGCUGACGCACAAAAAGUUGAUCGUGCCAAACUUGCACAAACUGAGUUCUCAAUAAUAGAAUUCGAUCCGGAUACUUUCCGCAUAUUGUUGGACUACUUGCACACUGGUAGUUGUCCUCUCACCUGCGCGUCCAUACCGGGGCUCAUCUGUGCGGCUGAACAUUACGACUUGCCGGAACUUUUGCAAGCCUGCUUCCAUCAUGCUAAACAAUUCCUGAGGAUAGAAGUGGCAUGUACGAUGUUAAUAUCUCUGGAAAAUUAUUAUUGGAGAUACACGUCAGCGUCGGAAUUGGUCAAUAUGAUUCUAGCUUUCAUCGAACAGAGAACUUACGCUCUGUUUCAAACGUCUGAAUUUCUUAAUCUUUCCGAAUCCAUGGUACAAAUGAUCAUGUGCAGAAACCUUGAGGUGCCAGAGGUAAGAAAGUUCGAAGCUAUGCUGAGUUGGGCUCGAAACAAAAUUAAAUACAAAUCUACCAAUAAGACUGACGCCAAAAAUGAAUUUAAAACUAUUAUGGAGAGGUUAGCCAGAGACCUUAAGCUUUACAGGAUUUCACCGCAGGAAUUAAUCAAAGUAGUGCUUCCCUCCAAGGCCAUUAAGAAUGAGCGUAUUCUGGAAACAUUGAUGUAUCAAGCUAAUUCAGGAAUGUACAGAAUUCAAGACAGCUAUAUUGAGGCAUGUCAGCAGCGCUUACAGAAACAAGACUCAAGAUUCUCCGAAUUUGAAAGUUUUGACUACGGUAUAUAA